GGGUACCUACUACGUUGAGCCCAUGGACACAUUGUUCGUGGGCGGCUUCGCGAAACUUAAUAUAGCAGUGAAGCAUAUUUUGCCAUAGUAAUGGCCGAAGGCCCGAGACAGAUUAGAUUUGAAAGAAAAGCCAGCGACUCCAACUCUCACUGUUGUGCUGGAUUCCCCUACUGCGACGCCUCCUUUGCGACGUUCCCAGCGCAGAGCCUGCCCGUUGCACGCGUUCAGCCGCCACUUCCGGUCUCGGGCCGUUCCCGGCAAGAUGGCGGAGGAGCCGGAGUCAGUGCUGCAGCUCCCUUCGUCGGUUGGUGCUGCUGGCGGCGAAGGACUUACGGAACUCUCCCCCGAAACAGCCACACCAGAGCCCCCUUCUUCUGCUGCAGUUUCACCCGGGACAGAAGAACCUGCCGGCGACACCAAGAAAAAAAACAUCCUUCUGAAGGCUGUGGGAGAUACCCCUAUAAUGAAAACAAAGAAGUGGGCUGUGGAGCGAACGCGAACAAUCCAAGGACUCAUUGACUUCAUCAAGAAGUUCCUUAAACUUGUGGCAUCUGAACAAUUGUUUAUUUAUGUGAAUCAAUCCUUUGCACCUUCCCCAGACCAGGAAGUUGGAACCCUCUAUGAGUGCUUUGGCAGUGAUGGUAAACUGGUCCUGCAUUAUUGCAAAUCUCAGGCAUGGGGUUGAACUAUAUAGAAGAACAACUUGCUUCAAAAAAUGAUUUUUCAUAAAGGAAAUGGCUCUGAAAAGUUUUGCUGCCAGUAGCAAGAGACCGAAUGAAUAUGAACUACUCAGCCUUCUGCUCUGACUCAUGUAUAUGCAUAAGAAAACAUCCAUAGAGUGAAUUGAUUCACCAAAAAAUGUGAUGUUAAUGCACAAAUUAUUGUAAAAGAUUGACAUUGGAGCAUCUCCUUUGCUCCUGUGUAUAAGUAUGAUUAUUUCAGAUCUGCCUCCAGGGGUGAAAAGGACACUGAAACUAUAUAAUCUUCAUUACCAGUUCUCAAAGUCUCUGAAAGUGUUUGCUCG